AUGCCCCCCAAACGGCGUGGCGGCGGAACUCCGAAAGAGAGAAAGAGCCGACAAUCCAAGCUCGCGAAAGAGCACAACAUCACCGCGGAGGAAGAGAACGAGAUCAAGGAGGCCUUCCAUCUCUUCUCCACCGUGAAUCCAGAGUUUGAAGACGAGAAAGAAGGCGUCAUCCGCACCGAGGAUGUCCGUCGAGCAUUAGUAGCCCUGGGUCUUCCCCCGGAAUCCCCCUCCGAACUCUCGUCCAUCAUCUCCGCCGUCGACCCUACCUCGACCGGCUUCGUCCCCUACGAACCGUUCCUCUCCGUCGCCGCCGCAAAGCUGCACAUGCGCAGCGAAGACUCCCUCGCCGAAGAAGUCGAGGCCGCCUACCGGCUCUUCACCCGCGGCACCGAUGGACCCAUCACUCUGAACCACCUGCGUCGCAUAGCCCGCGAGCUGAAGGAGGACAGUGUCGGCGAUGACUUUCUCAAGGACAUGAUUCAAGAGGCGAACGGUGGUGCAGGUGUCAGUGCCGGAGUGACGCUGGAGCAAUUCCGUGAUGUGAUGGCCAGAGCUGGCGUUUUCUAG